GUAAUAAUUUAAAUCGAAACUAGUGAAAGGUAUUUACAAUAUCAUUCCACCUAUAAUUAUAUCUCUUGUAACUAACGGCUAAUUAUCAAUUCCUUGCACACUUCCGAUGAUAUCCAUCGUCUUCUUAAUCUCUCUGAUUCUCCGAUUAAUCCUGACCGUCGAUUCAGAUAAUACUACUCUACAUGUACAGCCGGGUUCUUCAUCGUUUAAGAUUGUUCUUUUUGCUGACUUGCAUUUUGGAGAGGACGCGUGGACGGAUUGGGGCCCACGUCAAGAUGUGAACUCCAUUAAAGUUAUGUCUACUGUGCUUGAUCAAGAACACCCAGACUUUGUAGUUUAUCUUGGCGAUAUCGUUACAGCCAACAAUAUACCAAUAAAAAAUGCAAGUUUAUAUUGGGAUCAAGCUAUCUCUCCAACCAGAGAUAGGGAAAUUCCAUGGGCUAGUGUGUUUGGAAACCAUGAUGAUAUGUACUUUGAGUGGCCAAUGGAGUGGUUUUCAUCCACUGGCAUUCCUCCUCUUCAUUGUCGAGUGAACGUUUCCCGCCCUCCUGAAUCUGAAGGUGAUUGCAGCUUCAAGGGCACAACGCGUUCGGAGCUGAUGAUGAAUGAACUGGAGAUGAACAAAUUAUCUUACUCGAAAUUCGCUCCUAAAGAUUUGUGGCCAAGUGUUUCCAACUAUGUCCUUAAACUUUCAUCUGCAAAUAACCCUGAAUCAUUCAUAGCAUACAUUUACUUCUUAGAUUCUGGCGGUGGUUCAUACCCUGAGGUUAUAUCAAGUGCCCAAGCGGAAUGGUUCAAUCGCACAUCUCAAGAGAUCAAUCCUAACUCAAGGGUGCCUGAGAUAAUAUUUUGGCAUAUACCAAGCCAGGCUUAUGAGGAGGUUGCUCCAAGGUCUGACGCACACGGGAAUUGUAUUGGAUCGCUGUUUACUGAGGAAGUCGCUGCUCAAGGAGCUGAAAUGGGGAUAAUGGAGCUUCUUGAAGGAAGGUCUUCUGUGAAGGCUGUGUUUGUAGGUCAUAACCAUGGAUUGGACUGGUGUUGCCCAUACAAAAAGCUGUGGUUGUGCUACGCUCGCCACUCGGGUUAUGGAGGGUAUGGGAACUGGCCAAGAGGAGCUAGGAUUUUGGAGAUAACACAGCAACCAUUUUCUUUAAAGUCAUGGAUUCGAAUGGAAGAUGGUCAUGUGCACAGUGAAGUCCUCUUGAGUUCUUGAUAUUUGUAAGGCUGCAUAGAAUAGACCCCUGUGGUCCGGCCCUUUCCCAGAUCCCGCGCAUAGCGGGAGCUUAGCGCACCGGGCUGCCCUUUUUUUUAACUUACAAGAUCACAUAUCAAGUACUAGGUUAUGUACAAGAAAAGAAGGCUGUGAGGAGCUGCAUUCAUGUCAUAUGAUUGCUAUUAGUUAGAGCAACAUGACAUUGUAAUGUACCUUACAGGUAUGAUAUGAAAUGAAGUUAAUUCCAUUAUUUGUAUUUAACUUU